AUGGAUGACCUUUUCGCAAGCUCCAGUCCCGAGGCUCCGUCGGCUCUGGACUGGUUAGUGAGCGUUCGGCGACGAAGGCAGGCGCUGCAGCGGACUUCACUGGCCUUUCCUGAAAUGUAUUCACCCCGGAAAUCUACUGCGAUCCGCUCUAAAACAACUUCGCCUUCUCGGCGCAAGCCUCCAGACGACAGGAGUAAGAAACCCGGAGGUGACAGGUUUCUCAUAGAUAACACACCGCGUGCCAACGCGCGCCCAUGUCUCCUACGUCAUCCGCGAGGCCCGUGUAGACUAGGCGGGACUAACAGGGAAAGAAGAGCAGACGGCAGCGGAGAAGCGGACAGACGGGAGGACGAAGAGAGAGAGAAGCUUAGGUGGUUGAGCUAUGGCGACCUGCAAGCUCACCAUGCGCUGUGCGUGCCGCCACGUUCCCGUCAGACAGAUCACGAGCGUAACGUCCACAGCAACCGCCACUCUUCUUCCCCAUCAGCAGCACGAACAGGUGGCAAGGCGGGUUACCCUUUCAGAGUGAAAGGCAUGGAAUUCAGCGCCAGAAAGGAGAUUCUACCACGACGCAAAGACCGGGGAUAUAAAUGCCAGCGCGAUACCUCCCAAGAAGUGAGGAGUCACGGCUUCCAGGGGGUGCCUGAUCCUUCAGUCGAUCUCAGCACCAGGUGUAUGUACACUCUAAGCGAGCAGGAGCGGGGGAGCAGCAGAGAUAGUGAAAUCAGAGUUGGCCAGGAACCGUCCGUAAUAACGUUGUGGCGAAUUCCUCAUCGAGGCGACAGGCAAGCGGAACCGAAGAAUUUCCCGAGCUUGCCAGGCAGAGGGUUGUAUCGUCUUAUGGCUGGGCGGAAGGUAGUUGAGUGUCGCACCUCACUGCACAGCAUUGCAUUUUGCUCCCUUUGCGCGAAAGGGGCGCUCACAUUGCCGCCGCUGUGGUGUGCGCUUCUCAAAGAAUCGUCGAGGAGCCUCACGAGCUCUGACGACGCAAACUCGUUGAUACUCUCUCCGAACUGUCCAUUCCAUAGUCUGCGUCCGCGAACCAGAAAGAGCGCUGAUGAAGGAACUUUUCCUUCGCGAGCAGGAGACACGGGCGAUCCUUCGAAAAUGCAGAUACAUAGUUGGAUCAGAGUGAAGAUACCCCAUGAAGUGCGAAAUUGCCUCGCGCGCAGCGACGUCCUGGCUUCUCACUCUUCUGCGUCUUCGUGUUAUGCUCCAUCCUCGUCUGUCGAGAGGAAUCUCUUGCGUAGAACCGUGAGUUGUCCACCUUCACGGCCGCCGCCCACGCCGCAUCUACCCCCGGCAUCUGCGCCAACUUGGCAUACCACAGAAGCGAGCGCUCGCUCCCUGCUUUCCGCCUCCGCUGCUUUUUUGCGUAGCAAUGCAGCCGGAGACGGAGGUCAGGACCAAAAUAGUCGAAGGAACCUGGCCCCUUCCCGAGUGCAUAUGUUGCCAUCGGUGCCGCAGAACUGGAAAAACGCAACCAAAGAAGGUGCACACCGGCAGUCAGGACCAGAGAGCCAAAAAGCUGGAGAGUUUUGUCUUUGCGAGGUCGCGCUAAGCACCGCGACAACAGCAGGCACUUCUACGUCCACACAGGCUUCUUCCUCUGUGACGCUGGAGGACCUGCUCCUCCAGCCUUCCCUGGCUUCAAUCGUCAAAUUCGCGGGCAGAACGACGCGGAUUCACGGGAAGCAAAAGCUGUACAAAAGCACAUCGACAGUGUUGGGGCAAGGCUUCUCAGGAGAAGUGAAAGUCUUCAGACACCGCCACACGUGUGAGCUGUUUGCUCUGAAAACUGUUCUGAACGGGCACGAACGCACGAAGCAUGCUUGGUGCCUCUGGCGCUGGCGCGGCCACCAAAGAGCCUCCCGCGCUGCGCCCUCGCCGGAAACGCCACGUGGGCGCAGGAAGGAGAACGAGGAGAGAGAGGCCCCUCGUCUACAAGGUUCGUCCAGCAGCGAAGAAAGCAGCUUCUUCUCGCAGGACGCCCCCACCGCGACAGGUGCGUCGCGGAGGCGAACAGAAACCGACGGCAGGAUCGCGAGGGAGGAAGCGCGCGGUCGGCCGCGGGGCAGACUCCACGGCACAGCGGAUGGCGCAGCCUCUGAAGAGCGGGCGACAAGAGGGAAGACGAGGACGAAAGAGAGCGGAGACAAGGACGGCGACAUGAAGAGGGACCUCCACGCGAUCAUGGGGGAGGGCGUGUUUGCGUUCCUCGCGGCAGACCACCCUGCGAUAAUCAAGCUCGUAGAAGUCGUGGAGGACGAAGACGGCGUCCACCUGAUCAUGCCCGUCUGUCUGGGCGGGCCACUGGGGCGUGAGAGCGUCGGGAAACUCCAGCAGCUCGCAAUCCCGGAUAGCACAGACGUCGCGAGGCUCGCCGUCGCAGAGCGCAGCAGCGAGACGCGCAGAACGGAAGGGAGGCGUGGCGCACACGUUCUGCUGGGAAACACGAACGCACACGAGGCCGGAGCCUCGGUCAACUGCGAACGGGUCACGAAAAAAUUCGCGUGGCAGAUUCUCAAGGCCCUCCGCCACCUCCACACGCAGGGCAUCGUUCAUCGCGACGUGAAAGCGCAGAACUUCAUGCUCGUCGAGCCUUCCGGAUCCAAGCUACUCUUGAUUGACUUUGGCUUUUCUCUCUUCGCGUCAACCAACGCGGAGCAGACGCCAGAUCCUCACCUGAGUUUUUUCGACUUGAAGGCGGAGGACAACGCCCCGAGCAGGGAGGGCGAUCAACACGCCAUGAAAAGCAAUCCCUGCCCCGUCUUACCGUCGCGCAGUCUCCAACCCGAGGAGACACCUGUUCGCGGGCGGCCGCUGCGAUGCACGCGGGUCCCAGACAGAAGCAGCUUUCCUCACUCGCCCGACUGGGCACGAGAUGCGCCGCCAGAGACCGGGCGACAGGGCGAGCGAUGUCGCGCCGCGCCCGAACCGCAGGGCUCCUUCGCGGACGCCCGCCGCGCCGCCGGCCCCGCGAAGGGGCGCGGCUGUCUCGGCAGAGACAGCAAACGUGAAGAAGGCCGAUCGCCUGCGGCGCAGGUCGCCGCGCUCGCCGACACUUUCCUGCUCUCCUGCAUGCAGCACGACAGCUGGAAGGGCCCCGGCCCGGUGAUCGGCAAAAGGGUCGUUGGGACUCCUGGCCUGCAUCCGCCGGAAGUCGUGGCAGAGACAUCCUACACGACAGCAGCAGACAUGUGGGGACUCGGCCUCGUCAUCCACGCGUUGGUCACCGGCGCCUUCGUGCCCGCACUCGCGAGCUCUGGUCACGUCGUAGAUCCAACAUCUCGCAGGGCGUUCAGCCCUUCGUUCUGGGAUUUCCUCGAGAGGUGUCUGCGGAGGAAGCAGAAGUCAAGGAUGACGGCGGCGGAGGCCCUGAGGCAUCCGUGGCUCGAAGAGGAGAGGCUGGAGGAAGAAGCGAAAGUUCGUCAGCUCGCUGAGCGCGUGAAGAACAAUGACGCCACAAUCACGACAAUGAUUGAUAAUCUGCGCAGCUUUCCUCUUCUCUCCCUCUUCCAUCGCCUCUUUUACUUGCUUCUCGCGUACGCCUUCCCAGCCUCAGAGAUCCCCGAGGAAAUCGAAGUCCUCUUCUACGCCUUUGACCGGUCCAAGCGCGGCGUGGUGGUCUAUGAUGACUUUCUGGCGACGCUGAGGAGCUUUGUUCUCUCGAUUCGGGAACCCGAGGCCCUCGAGAUCUUCACCUCCAUGUACACCUCGACGCGGACCGUCUACAGCUCGACCGGCUGCUUUCUGCAUCAAUCGGUUCACGCGCUCGAGUUCACGCCCUUCCUCGCUGGCGCUAUGGACAAGCAGACGCUGCUGCAUGCGAACUCGCUGAGGCGCAUCUUCUGUCGACUAGAUCCCGGCGGCACGGGCUUGGUCGCGGUUAGCCAGCUUGUCUCGCUCCUCGGCGUCGGUGGCAGAAAAGGAAGACUGCGUCAAACCAGCAUCUACCUGUGUGUCUUCUUCACGGUGCUGUUGCCCCUGUAUAUGUCCACACGUCGCUUCGGCUGGGUGGUUGGGGCGUGGCUGUUUUUUUCCAAGAAACUGCGAGAAGAGAUGCAAUGCUACUUGACCGAGAUGGACGUGGACCUGGCCGGGUCGUUCACGUUCGGUGAAUUCGCUGUCGCCAUCGCCAAGAAAGAUGGACUAAAGGUCAUCGGGAGGCGCGCCAGCGGCUUGGUUCGUCAGCACGCGCUGCUUGCGUCUCCUGGAGCGUCUGCGCAUCGCCCACCAGGCGAGAAGGGCGCCUUCUUCUGCACGAAGUGCGUUAGGCGCGUGCUGUGGAAGCCGCUGGCGCGCCUGACGAAGGCCCUUUUGCCUCGACAUGGCCAGACAGAGAAGGCUCGGGGCAAGUCCGGCUGGUCGCUCUGCCCCAAGAAAAUUCCAAAAAAAGCGAGUCGGAGCUUUCUUCCCUCGGGACUUUUUUCCUCAAGCGCGCGACAUCAAGGCACUCAGAGCGUCGGUCAGCUCUAUCUGAAUGAUGAGUGA